GUCCAUUUGCAUUUAUUUUUGUUUUGUAUUUUAUUUCAACUUGAAAGUUAAAUCUUAAAUUUUAUUACAAGAAAAUAAAUAACCGGGUUAUACAUUUUUAUAAAAAUGGAUUCAGAAGAAUUAGAUAUACUUGAUAUAUUAGCGUACAAUUCUGAACAAUUAUUAAAUGAAUAUGCAAGCCUGGAAAGUGAAAGUGAACAAAAGCAACUAAUUAAAUCCUACCUCAAUAGAAACAGUCAGACUAAACUUGAAGCUGUUGGAGAUUUUGAGAAAGACUUAGAUUGGUUUAAUGUCACCGAACCAAUUAAUAUAGCCGAACUCAAAGGGAAGCUAGUUAUCCUUGAUUUCUUCACAUACUGCUGCAUCAAUUGUAUGCACAUACUUCCUGAUCUGAAAUCGAUCGAAGACUCGUUUCCCGUGGAGAACGGAGUUGUUGUAAUAGGAGUGCAUAGUGCCAAAUUCGACAAUGAAAAGGAUUCCUCGAACCUGCUAUCGGCGAUUCAACGCUACAACAUCACUCAUCCUAUUGUCAAUGACUGCAGUUCCAGUAUGUGGACAAAGCUGAAGAUCAAGUGCUGGCCCACUUUGUUUUUGAUUUCACCCACUGGCUAUCCACUGCUUGUGUUGAUGGGUGAGGGCCAUGGGUUGUUUUUGAAAAAGUUCAUUUCAACUUCUAUCGAUUAUUAUGGUGCCUCUGACGAUUUAGAUGGUUCUUCGUUGCCUCUUAGUCCUUCGACGAACUUGACAAGCGCUUCGAAUUUAAGAUUUCCCAGUAAAAUCUGCUGUCGUCCUAAAACCGAAGACCACUGUGAAUUGAUUGCUAUAUCUGACUCUGGGAAUCACAGAAUCCUAGUUCUCAAUAGAAAUGGACAUGUUUUGGAAAAAAUUGGUGGAUUCAAUUGCGGAUUUUUGGACGGUGAUUUUAAUGUGGCUAGGUUCAAUUCGCCGCAAGGUUUGGCUUUCCUAAAUAGUGACGAAUUGGUUGUUGCCGACACAGAAAACCACGCUAUUCGAAAAAUUUGCUUCAGAGAGCGACUCGUGACGACUAUUGCUGGUACUGGGGAGCAGGGAAAUGAUAAAGUUGGUGGCCUUUUGGGAAGCCUGCAGAAACUUUCAUCACCUUGGGAUGUUGUUGCAUUUCGGACUCGAGAUAUGGAUAUGUCUUUUCAUGUCGAUGAAAAAAGCGUCCACGAAAAAAAUGUCAUCCUAAUAGCAAUGGCAGGAACUCAUCAAAUAUGGGGCAUAUUUUUGGAUGGUAUCAUAUGGUGGAAGUUUAAAAAAUACGAACCUUUGACGUGUGCAGCUUUAAUAGGCAAUGGGUCAGAAGAGAACCGCAACAAUUCAUAUCCUCAAAAUGCAGCAUUCGCACAACCAUCUGGACUGACGUUGAUGAAGGAUAUGCUAUUUAUUGCGGAUAGUGAAAGUUCGAGCAUAAGGAAAGCUUCUAUGAUUGAUGGCAAGGUAACUGCAGUUGUCGGAGGUGAUAGAAAUCCACUUAACUUAUUUGCUUUUGGCGACAACGACGGAAAACAAUACUCUGCAAAAUUACAACACCCUUUAGCUGUAGCUUAUAACAGUGUUGAUGGAUAUUUGUAUGUAACUGAUACAUACAAUCAUAAGAUCAAACGCGUUGACAUUACAACCAAUGCCAUCGAAACGUGUUUGAUUCGAGAAAAGAACAAAUUAAAAGAACUAUUUCAAUUCAACGAGCCAGGUGGUCUGUGCGUGGAUUCCACAGGAAAAAUGUUAUACAUCGCAGAUACUAAUAACCAUACUAUUCAAAUUGUCGAUUUAGAAACCAUGUUGACGUGGCCACUGAACAUUAAGUUCAAUUUGAGUUGUAACGAUGAUGCUAAGUCAGAGCAGAUAGCGACUUUAGAAAAAUCCAUUCGAAUUGGUAAAAAAUCUGAACUGGCACUCAGUGGUAUUCUAUCGCUUAAAAAUGGAGCUAAAUUGACUGAAAGUGCACCUCAAAAAUGGAAACUUAGUUUGCCUGAUAAAGGAUAUUCAGCUGAAACAAUUUCAGGCCAAAUAACAGAUGGAAAAUUUAGUAUUUCUAUCAAUGCCAAUGAAAGUGCAAGUGAUGUUUUAGAAAAACGUGCAAGGUUACAUUGCCAACUAAGUAUUUGUAGUGGUAGUAUUUGUAUGCGUAGAGAAUUUGUUACUAACUUGAAUUUUAUCGAAGACUCUGACUCGAAUCGAAAAGUCUCCGAAACCUUGAUGUUUUGUAUUAGUCCUGACGAUGUUCGUUUGUUAUGAUUAAAAGAUGAGUAAUAAAUGCUAAAUAUAAAAUUA